ACAUGGCAUUUGUCUUACGAACGUCGUUCAGAGCAGAUCGAUCAGAGUAUUGAUCCUAGAAACUGUGUGAAACAGGGAAACCCCAUCGAGAAAUGAGAACGACAAGGCAAACGGGAAAAGCACCUAGCGACCAUGGACGUAUUACGGCGAGAAAGAGGCAAGUUCGUGCGGAAAAACAAUCGAAUCAAAAGGAAAACAAACCGCCAUCUUUGGACAACAUCCUCGAAGCACGGAGGCAAAUACCUAGCGCUCCAUUAACUGUAGUAAGCGAGAGGAACGACAAGAAGGCUGCACAUCCUCUCGACCAGGUAACGGUUACGGGUAAUGUACGAACUGGACAGGCCCGGGAAGAGGUUACCGGAGACGCAUAUGGGGACGACUUACUGCAGAGCUAUGGGUCUCUCGAAUCCCUGGCGGUACUGGAUGGUUGUCUGGAUGUAUUUUUAUGUGCAAAGGAGGUAAGGCAAGCUACUCACCCACCCGAUGAGUCAACCGCGCACCAGCCCUCGGCGGAAGCUGGCAGCAGACCACAGAUGGAAGAUUUACUCCCGCACUCUGCACAGGGCUCCUCCCUUGAUGAUUGUUUGGAGGAGUUGGAGUACGAGGAAGUGGCCUGCUACGAGGCGCAAGCAAACAGCAGUACUGCCUCCAAAAGCUGCGCAGUGCCCAGUUUAGUAGCCGAGAUCCUGGAACGUGCCGAGGAUGACACGAAAAGCAGUUCGGAAGCAUCGAGCAUUUCCUGCCACAAUUCGCCAGCGAUAGGUGCCAUCUUCAAACGCAGCAAAUUAUCCCCCCACGAGCUCCAACCUAAACCGGUCAGUUGCCAUGGCAACUUAAAGCUUCACCGCUUUAUGAUGUGCGAAUGGUUCUACAGCCACAUCGAUGCGGCACUGUUCGCGGAGGAGCACAGCAGAAGCGUGGAUUUUGGCACACUGCUAAGGCAGCACUAUCCGGCACUGCACCGCUGUUCACUGCAGCGUCCGCAAUGGAACCACAUUCGCAAAGAGUUCGGAAAGGUGGCGCGAGUUCGUCGCCUGUCGCCCGCUUUUCUACUGCAGGAACGCAUCACGCUGGAACGGCGCCGCGAGAAGGUGCGCUUUCUGAUGGAAAAUCCAAUGAUUGAAUACCUGGACGACGACAUACCGUCGACCAUUCCGAGCCGGAUCGAGGUGGGCAGCAAGGUGCGGGCGGCACUGCUCUCUCCGAACUACGGCUCCUUUCCGGGGGUAGUAAUCGGCAUAGAAAAUCAAGACAUUCCCAUGUUUCGCGUGCGGUUUACAAUCGAUGGCAAUGAUCACGAGCAACUGCUGCCCGACUAUCGCGUUGCUCUUGACCAGUCGCCACCCAGUCCGGAGCAGUCGGAUGUGCUAUCGGUGUCGGCAAAACACCUCAGGCAGGUAGCCGCACUGAACGAUUGUGUGGACGAAAAGCGGCGCUUACUGUACGAGUUGGAAAACAUUCGACUCAACACCGAAGCACGCCGUGCGAUGGGACGGCUCAAUGCGGAACGGGACCAGCAGCAGGGCCAGCGCUACGAGCAGAUCCUCCGGAAGCUACUCGACCUCAAUCGUACGCUACUGCAGCUGUCGAAAAACGUUGCGACCGAAUACGAGCAGAACAUGUCCGAACCGCUGACGACGAGCGAAACUUCAAUCGUGGAGGCGUAUGUCGUUGAGGUGGUGAACCAACUGAUCGAAGACUGUAGCAAGUUGGAUCAGUUUCACAAGAACCCCGAGGCAGACCGGUUAUGGAAGGAAGCGUUGGAGCGCUUAGGCAAUAAUCCGGAAUAUUUGAAGCAGUUCGGACAUUACCUUGCUUCCCGCAUCGGCAACAAGUUUGAUCCGCAGGCGUAUCGAAAGCAGUGAUUGUUGUUUUAGAUAUAAAUUUUAAACCUCCACUUGUCUUCA